AUGGAGGCGUUUGUGAACUUCACCAACCAGACCCAGGGCCGGGACCGGCUCUUCCGAGCCAUUCAACACACAUGCAUGUUGCUUAGCUAUUUAUUAGAGCGUAAGGCUGACAAAGAGACGGUGAUAAUGAAGCUCAAGAAGUUGGAAUCUAGCAUGCGCUCUGGCCGUAAAUUGUUCAGACUGGGCAACAUGGUGCAUGCCAUGGUAGCAGCCAGGCGAACUACCCAGCUACCAGACCUGGUGCCCCGUCUCUGCCUGACAGCCUCCAACCUCAGCCGUGUCCUGUAUUUCAUCUGUGACACAGUCCUGUGGGUGAAGAGUGUUGGACUCAUCCCUGACAUUGACAAGCAGAAGUGGCGGAAUUGGGCUACCAAAUGCUAUUACUAUUCACUGCUGAUGAAUUUGACCAGGGAUUUGUAUGAGAUCUCCUGGCGGAUGGAACAGGAGGCUCAAAGGGAGAAGGCAAGGAAGGAGAACUCUUCUCAGUGUGAUGAACAAGAUCAGGAUCUGUUCAGUUUCCAUGCAGGUGGGUUGCAGCCUUUUCUCCUCCUGCUGUACCACACCCUGAGGAAACACCCUCCCUUGUUGCUAGACACAGUGAAGAACCUUUGCGAUCUCUCUAGUCCUUUGGACCAGCUGGGAAUCUACAAAACCAACCCAGGAGUUAUUGGGCUCUGUGGCCUCCUCUCGUCCCUGGUGGGGAUCCUCACAGUGGCAAGUCCACUUAUGAAGCUGAAGCACUGA